UUCUACACGCAUGUGAUCAUGUGUCAGCAAGCCACUCAUGCUCAAAGCAGUCAGAACCCCCUUAUAAUCAGAACAGAGACCAGCUGAAAGGCUCCCCACCACCAUAUCAACAUGGAUUGCGGAAUUGUUACAUCGAAAAUAGUCAUUUUGCUUCUAAGUUUAAUAUUUUGGGCUGCGGGGGGUGCCCUUGUCUAUGUAGGCUCUUAUGUGAUCAAGAGCUACAACAACUUUGACAACUUCCUGCAGGAUAAGUACACGUUCAUCUCGGCAGGCAUCAUCAUACCUGUGGGAGUGGUGAUGUUCAUCAUCGGGACUGUGGGCUGCUACGCCACCCUGAGAGAAUCCAAAGUGGGCCUUAGCUUUUUCCUGCUGGUUAUCCUGGCUAUCUUUGCAGCAGAGGUCGCUGCUCUAGUGUAUGGGAUCAUCUACCAAAGAAGGAUAAAAGGGGACUUGGAGCGGUCAAUGAGUGAUGUGUUCCUGAAGUAUGAUGGUCAGAACUCUGACACCCAGGCUGUGGAUUACUUGCAGUCUCAGUUGCAGUGCUGUGGAGUGCAGACCUACCUGAACUGGACCACCAACCCCUGGUUCAGCAGCAUUAACAACGCUGUGCCCGUCUCCUGUUGUAAAGGGAACAACACAGAGUGUACAGGCAAACUGGACCAGCUAGACCUGCUCAAUACCCGGGGUUGUGAGGGUAUGCUGGAACAGCUCCUUCAGGAUGUGAUGAGUUAUGCCUUGCUGGUCAUCCUUGGAUUUGCCAUCUUCAAGAUUUUUGGGACGCUCAGUGUGUGUGUGAUCACGUGUAAAGUCAGGAGAGGUGGCUACCAGUCCCUGGAUGCCUGAUCCUGUUGGCUUGAAGUAUACUUCUGAGGCUUGUCUUGCACUCUCUCCUGGCCCCUGACUCCUCUCCCCUUUCUCUAGCACUGAGACUAUAGAGCCUUAGGACUUAUGUUCCCCACUCCAAGAUUGUAGCAACCUUUCAGGAACAUUCUUACAGUUUUCAUUCAGCUUUCCUAUGUAGUUGUCAGCCCACCAAACGUUGGGCAAACCACUGUCAUCAUUUGAAGCAUUUGGAAACCACAAGAUGCCAUUUUUUUUUUUUAAGAUAGUUGCAAAUAGGAAUUACCACUCAAACUUUUAAACAAUGGAAGUUGGUUUUGUAAUUUCCUGCUGUGCAUACUGAAAAAAUAAGAAAGGGUUUGCUCAGUGACAUCAGUAUAUGGGGUACACUCCAUUUUAAAGAGGCAAUCUGGGACUCAAACAAUAACAAAACGUCUAACCAUGCAAUUGUUUUGGAUAAACUGUUGAUGGAUUGUGCUGGAGAAAUGUAACCAUUCUCAAAUUCAUAGACUGAUCUAUGGAUACAGAGACUAACCAUAUAUUAGAUCAAAAUGAAUGUUUUCCUUAAAAAAAAAUGGUACAGUGUUUGUUUGCAAUCACAUUGUUUACAAACAAUGGAGUAAAAAGGCUUAUAUUUUGGGUUCUGAUUGGGUAAGACAGUUUAACUAAGCUCAUGAGGCUUUUAAGUAAUAUUUUUCAAUAAUCAAUUGCUAUAUAUCAUUAAUUUGUUGACCAAAAAUGUAUGUGCCACUCCCAGAAUGCCCCUUUUUUUAAGGCUUGAAAUGUUAUGUUGAAACGGCCAAGGACGUUUUUAAUACUUCAACACAUCAGGGUAGUAGGCUCUGUUUAAUCAAGACUGGAUUGUCUUGGAUAUACAGUAUUAUUACGUUACGAAAGGACUGUCAAGAUUAUUUGGGAAAUUAUUUGAUAAAACUAAGGGACAGUUUGAAAUGUACUUAGAGGGUGGGUGGUGUCAUAAAGAAAAUGCACCCCCCUCCACAAAGUAAAAAUAUUUUCAAAUGACCUGUGUAGUGACCCUGUGUUUAUAAACGUGGAUAUUGACUUUGCCACUUCAGCAAGCUUUUGUGGCACUGUCGCUGCCACACAGGGCUACAGGCCUUGAAGGUUGAGUGUUUGUCGACCACCACGGACUAGCUUAGCUCCCUGCCUGUUUCAUUAGGGCUUACACUAUGAUCGGAGCCAGCUGCAGACAAUGAUCAACAAGAGGAAUCUGAUUUUUUAAAAACAUUUUGAUGCCAUAUUUCUCAGUAUAUUAAAAUAUAUGGAAUGAAUUUUCCACCGACAGGUUUCUGUGCCAAUGCACCACACAACCAAUAAACAAAGCAUACCGACUUUGGGCGUUUCAGUAUCAUGGUUUGCAUUUUCAACACCGCAGUAAAUACUGUCAAUCUCGACAAACAGAAAAUAAAUCCCUCCCUACCUUGUAGGCCGAUGGAGAAUCAAAAAGUUGGCUUGACAAUCUCAGAAUGUCAUUAAACAUUUUGGCGUUUUGUAACAUGUCUCUUUCCAUUCAUCAAUUGGCUGUUGCACAUUUUGGAUUCAUUGAUUUUAUUUGGCAGUAAAAAAGUGACCCGGGUUGCAAUGUGGUCCCUAUUUUUACACAACUACAUAUACACUUACAUAGAUGCAGGCAAAAGGUUAUACUUUUCACACAUUAGCCAGCUUUUUUGACUUUUUUUAGAAGUGUUUAUUGUUGGUAUGGCUUUGAGUUGCUGUGGUAGUUUGUUCCACUCAAUAACACAGGUAUAUAAAAAUGUGUUCUUACCAGAUAGACUUUUAGAUUUAAAACAAUGAGGGUCCGGCUCUGGUAUUAUGCUGGUGGAAAUAUCUAACAGUUUUAAGUACAAUUCUUAAAAGGUUGUUUGCCACUGGAUUAGUGCACUUGCCACAGUCUAGGGUGUCAAUUCCAUCCAAUUGGGGAAAGAUUUUCAUGCGAAUAUUCUAUAAUCUGCAUAAAAAUAAUAUGCGCAUUUUCCCAUCAGAGUUGUUUUUCUAUGUAAUUGACUUGUUGCCGAUACGUCUUUGCGUAAAUACGUAGUGCACAUAACAAAUAAAUGUUGCGGUUAAAUUCCCAUGUACCAAAAUAAAACACUACAAGUUAAA